UGAACCCGGAAGUGAUUUCCUUGCCCCGGUAGCGGCGGUUUAGCAAGCCGAGGCCUUGGGGGGAUCUGGGAGCCCAUAGUUUCUGGAGAGGGUGAGGGGCGAAGGGCGCCCGAGUGCCGGGAGAAGGAAGGCCUGUCAAAGAGCCGGUGCGCAGAAGGCUCUCCGGACCGCAGGGGCCCGAGCUCGCGGGCUCGGAGCGCGGCUCUAGGCGCCGGGCGGCUCUCGCUGGCCACGGAGGGUGCCCCUGUCACAGGAAGUCAGGCCGGGCCCGCAGCCCGGGACCGGGGCCCGAGCAUGGGAAAGCGGCGAGGGUCCCGCCCCGAGUGUUGAAUGUAGCGACCCGAGGGGCAGCCGGCCGCCCGCACGGGUCAGACCGCUCGGUUUCCUUGGGGGAAACGAGGAGCAGCUGGAUCCCGACGGCAGCGAGGGAGGACCGAGGUGGGAGCCUGAGCCGGCUGGUUUCUCCAGCAAUGGGAAAUCCAGAAAACAUAGAAGAUGCAUAUGUUGCUGUUAUUCGUCCGAAGAAUACUGCCAGUCUCAAUUCUCGGGAAUACAGAGCUAAGUCAUAUGAAAUUUUGUUGCAUGAAGUUCCCAUUGAAGGGCAGAAAAAAAAGAGGAAGAAAGUUUUGUUGGAAACUAAACUUCAAGGCAAUAGUGAAAUAACACAAGGCAUAUUGGAUUAUGUAGUGGAAACUACUAAACCAAUUUCUCCUGCAAACCAGGGUAUCAGAGGCAAACGAGUAGUACUGAUGAAGACAUUUCCUCUGGAUGGAGAAAAGAUGGGCAGAGAAGCGGCAUUAUUUAUUGUUCCGUCAGUUGUCAAAGAUAAUACUAAAUAUACAUAUACUCCAGGAUGCCCAAUUUUUUACUGCUUACAAGAUAUUAUGCGAGUCUGCAGUGAAUCCAGUACUCAAUUUGCUACACUUACAGCAAGAAUGUUAAUAGCUUUGGAUAAGUGGUUGGAUGAACGGCAUGCACAAUCUCACUUUAUUCCAGCUUUAUUCCGACCCUCUCCUCUUGAGCGAAUAAAAACUAAUGUCAUAAACCCUGCAUAUGCUACUGAAUCAGGUCAGACAGAAAACUCACUACAUAUGGGCUAUAGUGCACUAGAAAUCAAGAGUAAGAUGUUAGCCCUAGAGAAAGCAGAUACCUGUAUUUACAACCCUUUGUUUGGAUCAGAUCUUCAGUAUACAAACCGGGUAGAUAAAGUGGUAAUAAAUCCAUACUUUGGUCUAGGAGCUCCAGACUACUCAAAAAUCCAAAUCCCUAAACAGGAGAAAUGGCAGAGAAGCAUGAGCAGUGUCACAGAAGACAAAGAACGACAGUGGGUAGAUGAUUUCCCUCUCCAUCGAAGUGCCUGUGAAGGAGAUUCAGAAUUACUUAAUCGUCUUCUCAAUGAAAGAUUUUCAGUCAACCAAUUAGAUAGUGAUCACUGGGCUCCCAUUCAUUAUGCAUGCUGGUAUGGAAAAGUUGAGGCCACUCGCAUCUUAUUAGAGAAAGGAAAGUGCAAUCCAAAUCUGUUAAAUGGACAGCUUAGUUCCCCUCUUCAUUUUGCUGCGGGAGGAGGACAUGCUGAAAUAGUCCAGAUUCUCCUAAGCCACCCAGAAAUUGACAGACAUAUAACAGACCAACAGGGAAGAUCUCCAUUAAAUAUUUGUGAAGAAAACAAACAAAAUAACUGGGAAGAAGCAGCAAAAUUGUUGAAGGAAGCCAUUAACAAACCAUAUGAAAAAGUUAGAAUAUACAGAAUGGAUGGAUCAUACCGUUCUGUUGAGCUGAAACAUGGAAAUAAUACCACAGUACAGCAGAUAAUGGAAGGAAUGCGUCUCUCUCAAGAAACACAGCAAUAUUUCACUAUUUGGAUCUGUUCAGAAAACCUUAGCCUUCAACUCAAGCCUUAUCAUAAACCCUUGCAACAUGUUCGUGACUGGCCAGAAAUACUUGCUGAAUUGACUAAUUUGGAUCCCCAAAGGGAAACACCACAGCUUUUUCUGAGAAGAGACGUGAGGCUUCCUUUGGAAGUUGAAAAAAAGAUUGAAGACCCACUAGCUAUUCUUAUUCUCUUUGAUGAAGCCAGAUAUAACUUACUGAAGGGCUUUUAUACAGCUCCUGAUGCCAAACUGAUAACAUUGGCAAGUCUACUGUUGCAAAUAGUUUAUGGAAAUUAUGAGAGUAAGAAACACAAGCAAGGUUUCCUGAAUGAAGAAAAUCUAAAAUCCAUUGUACCUAUCACCAAACUGAAAAGUAAGGCACCUCACUGGACAAACCGAAUACUUCAUGAAUACAAAAAUCUUAGUACAAGCGAGGGUGUUAGCAAAGAAAUGCAUCACCUUCAGCGCAUGUUCCUGCAGAAUUGUUGGGAAAUUCCCACCUAUGGAGCAGCCUUUUUCACAGGACAGAUAUUUACAAAGGCAAGCCCCAGCAAUCAUAAAGUCAUCCCUGUGUACGUAGGCGUGAAUAUAAAAGGACUUCACCUCCUCAACAUGGAAACUAAGGCUUUACUCAUCAGUCUUAAGUAUGGUUGUUUUAUGUGGCAGUUGGGAGAUGCCGAUACUUGUUUCCAGAUCCAUAGCAUGGAAAAUAAAAUGAGCUUUAUAGUGCACACAAAACAGGCUGGUCUUGUGGUAAAAUUGUUAAUGAAGCUAAAUGGACAGUUAAUGCCCAGUGAAAGAAACUCAUAAGAGGAAAGCAGCUGGUACUCAAGUAACCACAUGUUGUAAUACAGACUUUUUUCCAUGAAAGAUUUCUUAAAGUAUUACUUUUAACAAGGUGUUUAGUCUCUUGUAAUAUAUAUGUAUACUAUUAUGUUGUACAGAAUCUGUACUUAUGUUUGGUGUGUAAUAUACCAAUUAGUUUUAUAUAAUAGCCUUAUAAGCUGUUCUAAUUUUUGAGAGAAACACGUAAAAAUUGUAGAUUAAUGGUCUGUAUAGUAUUAGACGAAAUAGUCAGGUGUAUAAAAAAUUAUUUUUGGUAAAAUGGUAAAGAAUUUGGAGUAGAAUGUAAUGAAAUUAAAAUGUAGCUUUGGUAUAGCUUUGUGAAUUAUUUCAAAAUAUAAUGAAAGUCAACAUGAUUUGAAUAAAGAAAAUGUAUUUUCUACUUAGAACAUAUAACAUUGUUAUUUAAAUUAUUUUCUGCAACCUAUAUACAUUUCUUCAUGUGUUUUUAAAUUCUUAAAAUGUAUAGCUAGUAUAAGGUAGUGUUUCUCAAAGUAUGAUUCUUAAAACACCGUGGGUCAUAAGUUUGGUUUUUGUUUUGUUUUUUCUUUUAGAAUAAUUCUAGACCCAAUAAGGAAUUUAGAUUAUUAAGCUGAGAAAUUACACAAAACUGACUAGCACACAAACAUAUAUAGACACAUUUUAAGUGACAAUCUUUGGAUAUUAGUAGUUGAAUUUUUUUUAUUAAUGUGUACUGUAUUUUUGAGUUGACUUAACGGUUAUUCAUAUUGCCUUUACAUUGUAGGAAGUAGAUCAUCAAAUCUCCUUGUUUCAUGUAGCAGAGUGCUAAGAUCACAGGGAAACAGCCAACUUGAGCAAUGUGCUAUUUAAUAAGCUAGAAUCUACAGUUUUUCAAACUAAUAGACUAAUGUGUUUUAAAUGAGUUCAGAGAUAAAGUAGUUAUACUUAAAGUUGCCCUAUGGGGGCUGGUGCUGUGGUGUAGCAGAUAAAGCCGCCACCUGCCGUGCUGGCAUCCCAUUUGAGUGCUGGUUCAAGUCCUCGCUGCUCUACUUCCGAUCCAGUACCUUGCUAAUGCGCCUGGAAAAGCAGAGGAGGAUGGUCCAAGUCCUUGGGCUCCUGCACUCACGUGGGAGACCCAGAAGAAGUUCCUGGGUCUAGCUUCAGAUCAGCCCAGCUCCAGCUGUUGAGGCCAUUUGAGGAGUGAACCAGCAGAUUGAAGAUCUCUUUCUCUGCCUCUGCCUCUCUGUUACUCUUUCAAACAAAUAAAUAAAUCUUAAAAAAUAAAUAAAUAAAUAAAAUUGUCACACAGAAUGA